CGGAUGCUUACGGGGAUAUCUUUAAGGCAGAAACGAAUUGCCCAGUGUUCAAAUGCCCAGCGGGAAAGGUUCCUGUGCAGAAAGGGUUUUCCGCCAAAAAGCAAUGGCCUGUCGUCUAUGGCUGCGAUGCAAGUAUAAUUUUCGUGAAUAAUUUAACUUGUGUAUUUGCAGCUUCAUGUGCAAGCAUUGAAUCUGACCUUUUCUGAUGCUCGUGUAGAUGAUCAAUUACUCGUGUUCAUUCAUGAGUGAAUCAUCUUUGUAUCCCCCUUCAGGUUCUUUCGAUAUGAUGACGAUGAUGGACGCCUCGAGUUUAGGAAUGCCAAAAAAAGGCGGGACCCGAGACAAGCUGAUGAAGGUGCCUAAUCGUAAACAUGUUGAGACGAAGGGUCUGUGUUUGCUUGGGUUUGCUGUUUGGGUCAUGGCAUAGCAAGUGCGGGGCUUUUUUCUGCCACUCAUAGCUGAGGGGCACGACGCUGCGCCCAAUCACGGCCAACGCCUGCGCUUGUCUUGCCGUGCCGCCGCGCGCAGUGAUCGGCCGGCCGAAAGCCGGGUGGAGGUGAGCAGGCCAACCGGGAUACCCUCCGGCUGAAGAGUCACGGGGGGCGGCGCUCUGCCGCCUUGGUAUUUAGCCGCCGUCUUGCGUGCAUUUCUGGGAGGCCUGCGCAUGUCGGUGCGCCGUCGCGGUGGCUUUGCCUCUAUUGGUUUGCUCCUCAGGGGUGUGGGCUGGUUGUGUGGGGCGGGCGCGCGAAGUUCGCUGACGCUCGGCCACCAGCCACCGCCACCGCCACUGGCAGCGCAGUGCCUGACCUGAUGGCCCUCCGCAAACAGCGCAGGCAGAACAGCAACAAGAACAGCAGCAGCAAGCCCUGCACAGCGGCCGCGCAGCUCCAUUAGUGCACUGCGGCCGGAGCAGGUGAGGGAGGUGGCUGCGCGUUGCACGGCAGUGGGCGCGUGGGAUGCGGCUGGGCUUUGGCGAUCGCGCUCGCCUUGUGUUGCUUGUUGAGGCUCCCCGCGCUUGUGUUGUUACUGCUGUGGCGCUGCUGACUAUAUAAUCGGACGGAGAGUCGUCCAAUUUUGCCUCCGCUGGGUUGUGAUUUUGGAAGAGCGUGCCAAGGACUGGCGGGGCAGCUCUAUGCCUUGCGCCCAGUUGUUCUGGGUGCCUGCGUAGAGACACCGCGAAGGGCAGGCACCAAGCGGCUAGCGGUCAGGCCUGGCGCUGGGACCCACCGGCGGGGGUGUCGCUUUCGCUCUGGGUUUAUUCUCACUUCUUUGCGCCUCUCUGCCCCUUGUCGCGUCGGUGUGUGCGUUAGGGUUUUUGGUUCAUGUAUUUCUUUCUGUCUCAAUAGUAUCAUAUCAACACCCCCCCCGCCAGUUACGUUGUCAGCCUAUCAUGCGCACCAUCCGCCAAUGCCAUCAAAAAAUCUGAAAUGCCUUAAGUAAUGUGCAAAGAAACUACAUCUACACAAUGGCAAUCACAACAGUGCUGCAUCGGUCGGGAUAUCGGGCUGCAAGUUUGUGGGCGAACGAAAAAAGACAUCGAGGAGGAAUACAACAAAUGUGUGGAUAAGAAGUGCCUUGGCGAUAAGAACUGUAAAAUGAACGCACAGUUCGGCAUAAUGAUGAGUGGUGGCGUAUCCGGCGAUAAAUGCGACGAGUACUUCUACGUUCUAUGACCUUUGCUUUCAUGGAUGUCUACGUAAUAAGGAUUUAAAGUCCAACGACGUUGUUGAGAUAGUUUCGCACGUCGUUUGAUUCGUAAACGUGAUAAAAGUUGCAAGCUAUAUCCCACUCACAUUUUUCCUAAGGAAAUCGCAUGACAUGUUUGGCCUAUAUCCCACUUCGCAUGUUAAUUAUGAAUCAACAGUAUUCUGGAAUAUUUACCAAAAACAGCACCUUGCCAAACACUAGCUACAUGUACCUUUACCAAACACAAACAGGUACACCAAGUUCCAAAAGGCGAAUUGUGAUUGUGUGGACGGAGACUCAAAAGAUGAUACUUUCAAGAAGAGCUUGACGAAUUUCUACACGACAUUUGCCAAGGAGAAACUCCCAGAGAAGGAGAUGGACGACCAGUGGAUGAGCGAAACCGUAUACAAGAGCUUCAAUUAAGACGAGGAUAGUUGAUAAUACUUUGUCUGGGAGAUCUUAGGCAGACUGCCGAGUAGAUUCGCGUCAUCAGUUGAUAAUACUUUGUGACUUGUUCCUUGUUCUCUUCUAUGUAUGAGGUCCAGAAGGAGUGGAAUAGAUUAGCUUUUUUUUCAUCUAGAUAUCCUCUAAUCGAAGAAAGGCCAAGAGUCCAAGAUCUGGCACGCCUUGUUGAACAAAUAUUCGAAGAAUUUGAGGCAUGAAACGAAGGACAAGCCAAGAUAUGACGACUACCUUGGAAAAGGCGGCCUGAAGGACGACUACCUGAACGAUGACUACUUUUAUGACACGGCCAUGCUGGUUUAGAUACAUUUAAUGUUUGGAUAUAUUGCAAUAAUGAAUGCAACGAUAUAUUUAUUAUUGUAAUAAUGAAUGAUUUUGUGAUGAAGAGAUUUAUCUUAAGGAUAUGUUGGUUUUGGUGCGUUCUGCUGGGGCCAAGUUGCCACCUCCGCGUGUGGGUGGAACGACGUCGAGGCAUUCUAUCCUAUUGCUAUCCUUUUAGACAACAGAGAUACAACUUUUCUCACAGGUCUACAUGCUCAAGGACUUGGAGUCUUCUCAUUCUAAUCUCUAGGCCGUGGAGGAAAAGAUGACUAUCUCGGGAAAGAUGAUUCCUAUGGGGAUGACGACUACCUCAGUGGCAUGUAUGACGACCUUGGUAGGAAGAGGAAAGACGCAAGUGGUAGCACGAAAGUUAAGGCUGAGAUUGUUGAGGGUGAUGGAUAUUGCAGACCUAGGUUUUCUUUUUUCUUACUAAGACUUUUUAGUUAUAAUCCUCUUGCUCUAAGAAAAGCAGCACGAAGGGCACAACUACAAGUGGUAGCUCUUCUUCCGGAAAUAAGAACACAAAAGGUGCAGCAGGCGCAAAGGGCAGCGAAAAGACCUCCUCGCAGAAAGAUGAGAAACCUUCUUCUAGCAAGAGCGCUUCCCCAGAGGACAAAGAAGAAUCCUCGAAGAAGACGGCCUCUUCUACGUCCAGGGAGAAGAAGGAGGAAGAGCCGUCAAGGCGUACUGUCGAGACUAUCGAUGACGAGCCGGCUGGCUUCGGUGGAUCCGGGGAUGAGGACGUUGAGGACGUGGAACUCUGAGGACGUGGAACUCAGUACAUUUUUCAGGUUUCCCUCUAGGACGUGGAACUCUGAGGACGUGGAACUCAGUACAUUUUUCAGGUUUCCCUCUAGGACGUGGAACUCUGAGGACGUGGAACUCAGUACAUUUUUCAGGUUUCCCUCUAGGACGUGGAACUCUGAGGACGUGGAACUCAGUACAUUUUUCAGGUUUCCCUCUAGACGUCAAGUUUCAGUUGUGUAUCCGCCAUAUUAUAAUGAGUUGACGGUGACACAGAGGUGAGCGGGGAGGUGAUGGGACAGAUGAAUCCAUCGACUUAGUCACUCCUAAUUUCAAAAAGGGUAAGGUUGUCAAGUAUACUCUUUCGUCAAGUAUACUCUUUCCUCUACGAUAGAAAUCUAGCGAUUUCUGCGGUGUCGCUGCAGGAUUUGUGUCUCGAGUAUACAUCUGCGCUAGGGAAGUCCUACUAGUAGGAGAGGACUACAUGGUUACCGGGUGAGGUUAGCUCUAAAACAACGUAAACGUAUACGAUCAAUAAAUUUUCAUAAGUAAAAUCGAAUUCUCUAUGUCAUCUCUAUCAAAUAGACCUCAACUACAGACCCUGACGCGAAUUGAAAACGCUACGUUUCUCCUUUCCCCAGAUGUUGUACCCCAACCACACGCAUCAGGAGUCCCUCACUCUGAUGCAAAAGACCUUAGGAUCGAUUAUCCAAGAUCGAUUACAACUAUGACUAUCCAAGAUUCAUGCGACAACUUUUCGCUUCGGGUCUGACGUCGACCAUAUAGUUUACAACUACGUUUAUCGGGGUGAGGGUGCCAUGACCCUCACCUGGUUAGAGGCGAUCAUGCGGAGGUCACCUUGUAUGUUCAUGCGGUGUGGAGAUAACAGCCUCCGGAGGGGGUUCAGUGGAGCACAAGGCUUUCAUGGUUGGCAGAUCUGAGUGAGAGAAGGUGACACUGUACGAUAGAAGUACUGCGAGUAGUAAUUUGACCUGCAGUCAUCUUCAAAAA